AUGGCUCAAUCUACUAUAUCAAGCGUGCACACAAAUAUGGCUUAUGCUCCAUUUGCCCAUUAUUCCCAAGCUAUCAAAGCCGGUGGCCAGGUUUAUCUCUCGGGUCAGAUACCUGCCGAUAUCGGAGGAAAUUUAAUCAAGGGGUCGACUGUAGAGAAAACCGAGGCGAUCAUCAAGAAUACUGAAGCCAUACUGAAUGAAGCAGGAUCCGGACUGGAUAGGGUAGUCAAGGUCGUGGUCUACGUCAAAGAUGCAAGAAUAAUGGGGGACUUCGCAUCAGUCUAUGACCCCAAAUUCCCCCAUCGCCCGGCACGGUCUAUGGUGGAGGUAUCCAGUUUGCCUGCUGGGGUAGACAUUCAGGUCGACUUCAUAGCCGUGGUAUAA